UCGAAGAAGGCACAGGCAAAUCUUUUUUAUUGGGUGCUUCAUUCUAAGUCGCCCUGAGGACGUGUGUGAAGCCCAUCCCACUCCGUUCCCUAAAUUCACUGCGCCUGCUGGAAGGCAGGAGGAGGCUAGGCGCUGGAUCUGCCGGCUCCGUUCGCAUUCAGACACCCCCGUUAACCUCCAGGUAUACAGAUGCCCCACCAGUAGGCAUCGCAGCAGACACAAAGGAACUCGCAUCACUUUUUUCUAUUUUUAAGGUGACCGCCUUAACCAGCGCUCCGUCCGCCACCGGCCAACCUGUGCUGUUGAAGCACCGUGAACCCCGCUCUGAGCUCGGAUAUUCGGCUGUGUUUCACCGCCAGCGGCCAGCACAAGCUCACGUGUACUAUUGACAAGUUUCUGAUCAGAUUUAUGGUCGUUGCGUCAGUCUGCACCGCCAAGGAGCUGCUCUCUUCAUGGACCGCUGAUUCUUUAAGUGACACAGCGAUGAAUGUGGUGAUUUCUCUCCCGUGAUACAAGAUAGCUUAUCCGGAGCCCGCAGCAGCUGCCUGUCUGUCGCUUUUAAUGCAUAGCCUUUGCAGGGUCAAGAUGCAGUUUCGGACUGUGCUGGACGUGAAAGUCGUGGACGUGGAGAAGAGGCGCAAUCCGUCUAAACACUACGUAUAUCUCAUCAAUGUCACCUACUCUGACAACACCUCCCACAUCGUGUACAGAAGAUACAGCAAAUUCUUUGACCUACAGAUGCAGAUACUUGACAAGUUCCCAAUUGAGGGAGGGCAGAAAGACCCAAAGAAGAGGAUCAUCCCAUUUCUCCCAGGCAAAAUCCUGUUCCGGAGGAGUCAUGUGCGAGACGUGGCCAUGAAGCGGCUGCGUUUCAUCGACGACUACUGCAGGGCGCUAGUGCGACUCCCCCCUCAGAUCUCUCAGAGUGAGGAGGUCCUGCGCUUCUUUGAGACAAAAAGCGAGGACGUCCACCCCCCUGUGGAGGACUAUGGCUCCAAGCGCAAGUCGGGGAUUGACAGCUCGGAGCCCAUGGUGCUGGAGCAGUACGUGGCCGUGGCCAACUACGAGAGGCAGGAAAACUCCGAGAUCAGCCUCAAGGCCGGCGAGACGGUGGACGUGAUUGAGAAGAGCGAAAGUGGCUGGUGGUUUGUCAGCACAGCAGAGGAGCAGGGCUGGGUGCCGGCCACAUACCUGGACUCCCAAAAUGUAACCAGAGACGAUUUGGAUCUGGGCACUUCCAGGACUGGAGAAGUUACUAAGAGACGCAAGGCACAUCUGAAGAGGCUGGACCGCCGCUGGACCCUGGGGGGGAUAGUCAACCGGCAGCAGAGCAGAGAGGAGAAAUACUUGACCAUACAGCCACACACCAGUCAAGGGAAGGAUGAAGUCAGCUUUGAGAAAGGGGUCACCGUGGAGGUCAUCCAGAAGAACCUAGAGGGCUGGUGGUACAUCAGAUACUUAGGGAAAGAAGGCUGGGCCCCUGCCUCCUACUUGCAGAAGGUGAAAGAUGACUUCUCCCCCCGCAAGAAAACUCUGACAGGCCCCGUGGAGAUCAUCGGCAACAUCAUGGAGAUCAGUAACCUGCUGCAGAAGAAGUCCGUCAGCGAGAAAGACAUCCAGACGGAGGGAGAGGGGAGCACCACACCGGAGCGCCACAUCUCCAAGAGCGAGAUCAGCCUGCCCAUGCCAUAUAACUCCGAGAUCAACGCGGAGACAGGAAGGAGGCUGAGCGCUGGCCGGGACACCAACAGCCCAUGUCUUGGAAUAGCAGCAAGUUCUGCACUUAAAAAAAGUCUAGCCAGGGACGAGCAAGGGUCCCCAGCUGUUGCAAGAGUGGCCCCGCAUAGAGUGGAAAUUGGGUCUCCAAAUCUGAGACAAAAACCUCCCCCACGAAGAGAACCCAACUUGGGAUUCCAGUUACCAAAGCCACCAGCGCCCCCUGCUGUGGAAGCAGAGUAUUACACCAUAGCAGAUUUCCAGUCCUCCAUCUCUGAUGGCAUCAGUUUCCGUGGAGGACAAAAGGCUGAUGUGAUAGAGAAGAACCCCGGGGGCUGGUGGUAUGUGCAGAUCGGAGAGAUGGAGGGCUGGGCCCCCUGCUCCUAUAUUGACAAGCGCAAGAAGCCCAACCUCAGCCGUCGGACCAGCACCCUGACCCGGCCCAAAGUCCCCCCCCCAGCUCCACCUGUCAAGAAACAAGAACCGGAGGAAGCCCCCCCUCCUGCUAGCUCUGCUGCAAAAGUCUCAGAGCCGGUGAGCAGGCCUGUGUAUGAGGAGCCAGAAUAUGAUAUUCCUGCAGUUGGAUGUGAAGGUGAAUCGGACACCGAUUCCCUGAAGGAUGAUCGCACCCUGGAUGUGAAGAUCAGCAGCGUGGUUAGCGACAAGUACCGCAGCUCCCCUCCUUCCUGCAAGGCCUCCCCUCCUUCCUGCAAGGCAUCUCCUCCCUCCUGCAAGGCAUCUCCUCCCUCCUGCAAGGCCUCUCCUCCAGUCUGCAAGGCCUCUCCUCCAGUCUGCAAGGCCUCUCCUCCAGUCUGCAAGGCGUCCCCUGUGUUCACUCGUCGAAGAUCUUCCUUCAGGUCUGUGGAGGAGGUCUCCAAAGAGGAGUGUAUCUAUGAGAAUGAUGGCUUCAGGCCAAGCAGUGGUGCGGAGAGGACUUCAGUCAAAGGUUCCAGUGAGCCGAGUUCCCCAAGGAGCUAUCAUUCCUCCACAGUCCCCCGUAAACCCUCCGGAUCCUCGCCUUUAGCAGGUAGACCCAUGCAGACCAUGACUCCAGAGAUGACCCGGAGAAGCCAGACCCUGGGCAGACACAUUGACAUCAGCCUGAGGUCUCGGGACAACAGCCCCCACUCUUCAUCAGAUGAAUUGAGCAGAGGUACCAAGAAAGGUGCUCCCUUUAGCCGCGAUGUGGAGCAAAGAAUAGGUCAGAGCCCCUCCACCCGGCCUAAGCCUUCUGUCAGACCUAAACCACUCCUGGCCAAAUCAGAGCCGCAGAGUCCAGAGAGGAUGGACAUCAGCUCUCUGAGGCGGCAGCUGAGGCCUACAAGUCAGUAUCGGGCUCAUGGCCUCAAACCUACUCGCGGUGACGAAUCUGAAACAGGCUCUGUCAUCUCAUCAGAGGACUCCAUGUGUUCGCGCAGCACCUCAGAUCUUUCUUCAGUGUACUCCAAAGGGAGUCGCGGUGACUCGGACGUGGAAGGCCCCACUCUCUACCGCUCCCUGGAUGUCUAUAAGAAGGUCCAGGACUCAGAGAUCAGCUUUCCAGCCGGGGUGGAGGUUGAGGUUCUGGAGAAGCAGGAGAGCGGUUGGUGGUACAUCCGUUGGGUGUCCGAAGAGGGUUGGGCUCCCUCAUACUACCUGGAGCCUGUCAGACAAGUGGGUGAUGCAGGUGGGUUGGAAAUAGAAGGACACGGGAGUGGCAGGAUUAAGUCCAACAGCCUGGAGAAGAACGAGCAGCACGUCCUGGCCCUCAACAACAUCAACAUUCAGGGUCUGAGCCAGCAUCAACAGCAUCAAGGCUUGAGAAGGAACACUCCGCCAAUUCCGUCUAAGCCUCCCGGUGGCUUCUCGAAGCCGUCAGCCGUAGUGAAUGGUGGCGUUCGGAUGAGGAACGGGGUGCGCCAGGUGGCAGUGAGGCCUCAAUCUGUAUUUGUGACCACAACACAGCCAGCAAAGGAUGGACACUACAUGACGGGUUCUCUGAGGCGAAACGACACUCUCCACCGAAGCGAUCACUACGGCUCCGGUUCUGCCACGCUUGGUGUCCGCCGAAAUGCCUCAUUCAGCACCGUGCGGCCACAUGUCGUUGUGGAAAGUCAGACUAGGCCCGCAGAGCGCUCCAGCCUGGGAUCCUCGGGCAGCGCGUUCAGCACAAGCAACGUCCAGGAGGCCCUGAGCAGAGUCAACCAACGCAACGGCAUCCCUGUGUCCACCGUGCGACCCAAACCCAUUGAGAAGAGCCAGCUCAUCCACAACAACCUCGGCAGGGAUGUGUACGUGUCCAUCGCGGACUAUCGGGGCGAUGAGGAAACAAUGGGCUUCACGGAGGGCACCUGUCUGGAGGUGCUGGAAAGAAACCCCAACGGAUGGUGGUACUGCCAGGUGCAGGACAGCCUGCUUCCCCGCAAGGGGUGGGUCCCCUCCAACUACCUAGAGCGGAAAAAAUAAACCCCCCCCCCAUCUGUCCCUUAACCUUUCCUCUCUCCUUACCCUUUUUGAUGACUCCAAGGACAUUGGUGGCUCCUUAAGAAUGUUACCCGUAAUCACCCGUAAGCAAUAUGUCCUUGAACAAUGUACAUUUAUGACAGCGUGUAAAAAAAGAAAGAUGUUUUAAUCUGAAAAGGACACUUUUAGUGCUGGUUUACUAAAAUGUUUACGAAGAGGAGUGUAAAGAUUUAAAAUAUUUUGGCUAAGAGACAGGAUGUCGGUUUGGUCCUCCUCUAGUGAGGAAAUCUAAAGAGGUAAUGUCUUUGAGAUAUAAAAUGGUAUGAAUGGGAGUGAUAACCUCUUAAAGAGGUCUGCAUCAUGUAAUACAGAAGUUGAGCAGGGUAAUGGUUAUGCUUAUUCCUGCCCAUCACUGACUCUGAUGGCCGAUAAGUGCCUUUUGUUGAUCACCUGAAUGGAGGUCCUAAAUGGUGGAUGGCGAAAAACAAUAAAUCAACCAAAUCUUUUAAGAGUGCCAUAGGCCUAUGAACACCACCAAGACAAUUUCCAUAACCAGUUAAGAACUCCACUAUAGAGUGCAAACAAAGUGCAACCUUUCCAUCUAGAGUGCUCUGAUUGGUCCAACACAGAUUUAAGAGAGUAACUGAGGUUUAGACUCAGUCACCAGAUUAUUUGAUUAGUUUAAAGCCACAAGCAAACUGAAACGUUUUAAUCUCAUUAUCAAUAUUUUUUUUAAUCAUUUAUGUUAUAAUGUCUUGUGUUGAUGCAAGUCUUUCUUAGAGAACUAUUUCUGCUUUCUUGUGACAUCUGUUUACCACCGACAGCCUUGAAUUGGAAGUUAAAGCUCCUGUAACACAUGCAGGAGAUGCUCAGGUUUCAGUAAUUGGCAAAGUUUGGUAAUAGAUUCUCAAGCCCCAGAAUUGUUUUAGUAUUUAUGUUUUUAAUCCCAGCUGUAUCUAAUAAAUAAACCUGUUAAACUUGAAAAUAACAGACACGUUUUAGUUUUCUGGAAAAUUAUCAUUUGCUCUCCAGAAAAGAACCCACCUCAUACCUGGGUAGCAAAUAACUUCAAGAAAUUAUUCCAAUUAGUUUACAUAGUUCUGCUUAACAGUAGUGGUUUUAGCUCCAGGAACAUUUGAUUUUGUAAAUAUUUAGUUUUUUUCUGUACAUGUAAUAAUACCGCUGUUGCGGGGAUGUAAUAAGUACUGGAAAUGUGGUGAAAUAAUCGAAUCCCAGGGACAUAUUUGCAAAGCAUUUAUCCCAAAUGUGAUCAAACCAAAGAGAUUGCAUUGACUAUUUGUGUGAUUUUGUUAUUUAUAUAUGAUAAAAGUCAUACAGUGUAUUCAACAAAACACCUUACACAAUUUUUGGAAAAAUCAAUACCUGGAAGCACUUGAUACAAGUUUUAAACUAGAAGUAAGCAAGUUUUGAUAUUAAAACAACAUAGUAUGUAACGUUGUUUCAAAUUUUAAUACCUUCAAAACGUUUGUUGGGUUUCAUACCAUAUAUUGAAAGACAAUUUAAAGAAGUUAGGAAUAAUUCUCCUCUCAAACAGAAUUGUAAAAUUUGAAUACCAACAUUCUGAGCUAAAAUCCAACUUUCAACAUUCAAAUGGCUGAUGUUCAAGACUGCUGAAAUACAUUUUCUAAUGAGCGGUGUGAGCUCUCUGUAUGAGGCACAACACUAGCUUUUCAUUAUGUUUCUGCUGGACAGUAUCACAAUAUUAAACCAAGUGCAGUACCUGCUAGAUUGCAGUUAUCUAUUUUAGCGAAACCAUGUUUGUAUUUGUUUGUUACUCUGUGAUCACACAGUGACAAUAAUGAGGAAUGAAGUGGUUCUGUUUUGUGAAUUAGUGCACUUUAAAUCCGUUUUUUAUGGUGCAUUAAUGUGAAGAUGCAGUCAAUACUCAGCAUAAUAUUUAUUGAAUACAUUUUUAAAUUAUUUAUCUUCUUUCUAUUCUUUUUUCCAUCACCUCAAAUGAGACAGCAACCUGCCUGAGUUUGAGUAUAAUUGGAUAACUAGAGACCUCUAGUGGUAGGUCAGUGGUACUACAACCUGCUUUUUACCCAGCCUUCCUACCUCAGUGCAACACGAAAUGCACUGCUGGCCAGUGAGUCUGUACACAUUAUUGUCCUUACUUUGAAAUCUCGGUGCAGCUAAAAUACUUUUGAAACACAUUUUUUUGUAUUGGGCAAUAAUUUAUUUUUGGGAGAAUUAAAAACAUAUUUUUCCCUCUGCUGUAUGCUGCAACUUUAGCAAAUAAUGGGCACUUCCUUCAUCUUUAUUGUGCUUUACAUAAUGCCUGAUUGUUUGCAUAUUUAUUAUGAAGAGUUUUAUACCUAAUUACGGUUUGACAAUCACCUUAUACCCCUACUCAAAGUGUUACUUUAUUGUUUACAAAGAUCAUUGUUGUUACAGAAAUUGGACUUCACUCGCAUUAAUAUGCAGAAUAUCAUCAUUUAGUUGUGAAGCAAUUGCAUUUGUUUAAGUACAUGAACAAAUUUAAGGAUACAGAAUAAAAUUCAGAUUUAAUCAGUGGAUUUGCUGAAGGCAACAGUUCCCCUUUCCUACACGACGAAGGCAUUAUGUAAAUGUGUUAAAUCACUUUGUAAAUUUUGCUCCAGCACAUAUGAUUAUUGCAUAUUGCUUUUAUUGAUUGAGCUGAAUUUACUUGGCUAAAAAAGCAAGGGAAUCGUUUUGUGUCGAGCAUACAUUUAGCUGUGUAGCAUCUUUAUUCAUGCUUUUUUUUCUUCUGUUUUUUUUUUUUUCUUUACCCUAUUUGUCAAAUUCUGAAAUGUACCCGCGAGGAAGUGUGCAAUAGAUAAGAAACACAUCAUGCUUCAACAAGAGGAUGAUAAUUACAGGUGUAGAAAAAAACCUUCAACAAUGCCAUUUCAUCUGCUGGGAGUAUAUAUUCCCCGUCAUACUGCCAGUCGUGAGCUUUUACCGUCAUUACAAGUGUAUCGUUUUAAGAGGAUCUUGAAGAGCAGAUGUGAUAACGUUGGAAAAGUAAUCGGACCAAAGCCGUCGUAUGUGACAUCUCAUUAUCUCCUGACGGACUUUUAUAAUAACUCGCAUGAGAAUCUCUGGACAGUGAUUCGUGAAUGGCAUGGCAGAAACCCACUGACCCAUUCUGUACUGACUUUACAGCCAUCUGGGGUCUUUCUUCGCGGAUGGAGAGUCAGGGGCCCAUCAUCAGGGGCCUCAGCGCCUGUCACGUUCGUGCCUGAAUGGAAUUUUGAUAGUUUCUUGUUUUUGUGUUGUUGUUGUUUUCUUCUUCUUUUUUUUGUUCUCUGGAGUGUGUCCUCUCAGCACCUACGCAGAAGCCUCUCUUGACAUCCCCACCACCCCCCCCCCCCCACCCCCCCCCGUUGUCAAACCAAGUCAGACUUUUUUCCUCACCAAUCACCACAACGGAAGGUGACAUUUGAAUCCAUCUCUGCGGUAAACAAGAGAGCAGGGAGAUGAACGCCCCUUCAGGCCAAUUCAGUUCAAUCCAUCAGCUUCCAGGAUUGUACGCCAAAAAUAGAAAAACCUUUAUUUUUCUCCGUGCUUUGCCCCAGGCAGGCCUUAUCCAUGCGUUACAGGUAAAUGCGUCACUGUGCUAAAGACUUACUGCGUGUACAGGCCAAUACACAUUGUUCCCUCUAUUGUUAGGGGGGCUUGUGUCCAUAAAUGCUUUUGUCCGGGUAGUUUGUCUCCACCUUAAAGGAAUAGUCUCAGAAACACCCUGACUGCUUCUUACUGAGAGUUAUAUGAGAAGAUAAGGCCAACUCGUGUUGUUAAGACAUACUGUAGGUCCCUCUCCACUCAAACAAAUAUUUAGCUCUUUGUUAACACAGUUGUAUUUUUAAGCUUCACUUUGUAAAACAAUAGAAGUGAGUUUUUUACUAAUAGGGGAAUGCUAUUCUGAACUUAAUUAAAUGUAGGGUUAAAGGUAUGUAUGUACCACCAUGACUUUGUGACAUCACAACUGGAAGCUAAUUGGCUCUAGUGUGGAACUUUUAGCUCCUCUUAUACAUGUUUUAUGUGGAAACUGAACAUAAACUGAUAAUUAAAUAAGAGUUCAGGGAAUAAUAAGCAUUUUUCUAUGCUCCACACAUUUAUAUAUGCAUAUAUACUGGAAUGUCAAUGCACCAGAACAAGUAGAAGCAAGAUUUGAAUACCUUUUAAACAAGGUAAUUAAGUGCUUUGUUAAAACAAAUAUCAGACAAUUAUAAAAACAGAGUAUUUUUAAAUGUCUUAAACUAUGUAUGUAGAAGCUAAAACACGACAUAGUUAGCUUAGCUUAGCAUAAAUACUUGGCGGGAAACUAUUAGACCUGAAAAAAAAGAAUGACUUUAGUAAGCUUUGCUAACUAUCUCCUGGCUUAAGAGUGGUUUCAGUCUUCUCAUCAAACUCUUCGCAAGAAAGUAAAUACGUUUAUUUCCCGAAACGGCUAACUGUUAUUUUAGGUUACAGGCUUCUUUUGUCUACCAGCUCAGCAUUGUUCAGCUACACCUCUCUUAAACCUCAGUGCACCCACACAGCAGAAUGGAAAAUGGGAUUGGCAGCGGUAAUAUUUCUGCAUCCCGCAUGUACGCACAUGCCAACACACUCUAGAUGAUGAUGACAAACCAGUUUCUUGAUAAAUCCCCGGAGGUUCGCUACAUCGGCACUCUGGUUUUGCCCCUUGCUCUAUUUUUAUUUUAACAAAUGGACGGCACCUCCAGUCGUGGAUCACCUUAAACCCUGUAAUCCCAAACACUAUGCGUAUUCCUCCUGUCUCCCCUUCUUCUUUCUUUCUUCGCUCGCCACUUAUUUCCAUCUCCGUCCGUUCUCGACACAGCUGAGCGGUCCAUUCCCGCUGGAACGAUUGAGAAAUACAGAAGGGUUUGGGUUGGGUGUGUGUGUGUGUGUUUUUGCAUGAUGAGAAGGAUAGUUUGUAAGUGCACUUAGAAGAAGAGUAUUUGGAGGUCAAGGAAGAGAUUUGUGAGAGCGGGAUGCAGGGAGAUGGAUCAGAAAGUGGAUUCUGGAGACAAGAUGUGAGAAGCUCUGCUUUAAUAGGAGAAGGCUAAUGGGUAGUUUCCACUCCAAAAACUAUGAAGAAUAGUUCCUUCUGACAGGGAACCCAUUUUAUACCCUCCUUCAACAAAACGCAACGUAAUGAGCUCUCAGCUUCUGAACCUUAGCUGUGAUCUCAUUGCUCCAAACGAUGUUGUAAUUGCAGCACUUGAAGUUCUCAAAGCUGCUUAUGCGAGAAACUGCAAGUCAGCGAGAGACGAGCAAGUUCACAGCACAGAAGCUUCUCUCAGUCUCAAUCUCCAUCCACAGAAUAACUUUAAAAAGUGAUCCCACGUCUUACCGUAGCUACUUUUUGCUGUCAGAGUCUUCAGAUCUUAUGUAGCCCUGAAGGGGUGCGAGUUGAGCUCGGUGUUGGAAGAAAGUUUUUUGGAAUAAGACAAAAAAAAGGCUUCAAAUGGUGGAUUCUUAUUUUUUUUGCCUUGUUCUUCAGUGUUUUUGUUGAGAAGAAUUGAAUGUUGCGGAAGUGUAUUCGAAGUGUUUAUUUGCAUCUAAUGAAGCUUUAAUUAAAAAUCUAAAUAAAUGAAAAAAGGGCUUUGAAAGUCACCCAGCUCUGGAAUAGAGUGAUCGAGUCGAAAAGGUUGACAGUAGGAGGAGUAGGUUUGAUAAGAAAGUUUAAGCAAGUGUGUGGGAGUGUGUUUGAGGUAUUUAGGGAGAUGAUUUUGUAUGUUUUUUAAUUAAUUAGUUGUUUUUCUUUGAGUUAGUGUGAGGGAAGAAAGGAUAGAAUAAGUAAAGCUGCAGGGUUUGGGGUAAAAAAGAAAAUCCCAGGCGCUUACAUCAGAGUAUGCUGAUUAUUUAUGUCGUUCUGAAAACUUCCUCACAGAAUGCAGUUGUUUGACAAGCUGGCGGGCAUCAGCGGGAGACGUCUCCAAAGCCACGGAGAGGAGCCUGUGUCGAGGAAUGAGGCGCGCAGCUGUGUCUCUGUGCCACUUUUCUUUGUCUCUGUUUGAAUCCUUGUUUCUAAUUAGCACAACAGUGUGUCUUAAUUAACCUUCCCCAGUCAGACGAUACUCCAACGCUAACAGCUUCCUCCUAAUCGCCAACACCGCGGCGGCGGCGGCGGCUGCCAUCCUGCGUGGGGGCCCAAGCCAUAUUUAAGCGUUGGAGCCGAGCUGUCACGAGUGAUUGAUGUUGAGUUACAACUGAGGUCGAUUUAUGAGAAGGUGGAGAAUGUUUUUAGCCUGGAUGUUGAAUUUAUAGAAUAUAAUCUGUCACCUCCCCGCUGUGGAGAGCAGUGUGCCAAACAACAACAAAACCUUGGAAGCCCGACACCAUCACGCUCUUGAUCUUUAAACUAUGACUAAAACAAUCCGUUACCAGCAUGUCAAACACAAUAAGAACUACAGGCCUCGAGUUGGACCAAAGGAGGUGCUAUUGUUUUCAUUUCUGUUUUUUAUUUUUUAUUACCAUUGUUGUUAUGCAAAUUGUGUUUAACUCUUUCAAGCUCCUUGUUUUCAAAAGGCAUGCCAUGAGGAGCUUUAUUCCACUGUUAAAGAAUGAAUCAUCCAAUGAGCAGUCAUCUGUCCUCAUGCAUGGUGACAAGGCCACACACGGAUCUGUUCAAGGCAUCGUUACGCUGUAACAAAAAAACAAUGAAAUCUAAAAACUGUCCAAAUUCCUUUCUGAUUGGAGACAUUCUGUGCAUUCCUUUUGAAAACAAAACACUUUCUUAUCUACCCUUUCAUUUUGACAAGUCUUGUUCCUUUUUUUUGUAUCUUGUACAUGUUUACAAUGUAUCUCGCAUUGCCCAAAAGAGAAACAAUAUUAAAUGUAUUAUCUUUGUUGUUUUA